CCCCGCCACAGCGAGCAUUCUGGGGUGACGCAGCGAGUUUUUUUCCGGACAGCAGAGAGGGCGGGCGGAAUAAUAAAAACAAAUCGGUGCCGAAGAGAGAGAAGGCGGGAUAUAAAGCCGGGCUGACUCCUUCCGUGUGCGCGCAGGAGCAAGCAGCGAGGCCGUGUGCAGGCAAAGGGAACUUGGGCUUGUGCUUCCGGUCGCUCCGCUUUCCUCCUUCAUCAUCUGUCGGUGGAUGCAGCGCCUUCGGGUCUAACCAAAGGCAAAACAGUGGAGGCGCCAAAGAUGCCGCAGUCCAAGUCGCGGAAGAUCGCCAUCCUCGGGUACCGCUCCGUGGGAAAGUCUUCACUAACCAUCCAGUUUGUUGAAGGACAGUUUGUGGACUCCUACGAUCCGACAAUAGAAAACACAUUUACUAAACAGAUCUCUGUGAAUGGACAAGAUUACCAGCUUCAGCUAGUGGACACUGCUGGCCAGGAUGAAUUUUCCAUUAUCCCUCAGACGUACUCCAUAGAAAUAAAUGGGUACAUCCUUGUAUACUCGGUUACCUCCAUCAAAAGCUUUGAAGUGAUUAAAAUUAUUCAUGAGAAGUUGUUGGAUAUGGUGGGAAAAGUCCAGGUUCCUAUAAUGUUGGUUGGAAACAAGAAAGAUUUGCACAUGGAAAGAGUGAUCAGUUAUGAAGAAGGCAAGGCCUUAGCAGAGUCCUGGAACGCAGCAUUCUUGGAGUCUUCAGCUAAAGAGAAUCAGACUGCUGUUGAUGUAUUCAAAAGAAUAAUUUUGGAAGCAGAAAAAAUUGAUGGUGUAGGUUCACAAGGGAAGUCUUCCUGCUCCGUAAUGUAAUUCCACUACACAAGCUGCGGACACUGGGAAAAUAGUCUACUUGAAUAAGCAAACUGCCUGUUCUACUUCAAAACUAGGCUUCUCUGUUAACUGUUCCCCUCCCAGUAGAGGUGUUGAUGCCAGCAAAGCCUGGGACCUCUUCUGGGACCGGAAAGGUUCCAGGGAUGUUAAGAUAGGGAUGGUCACAGCCGCCUUUUUUUGUUUUUAAUUCAGAUUCUGCGAAGAUCUGAUUUCUGGGCAGAUACCUACAUCUACACCUCUCCAAUCACGCACUUUCAAUUUGUAUAUCAUAUUUCUUAAUAUUCUGGCCAAUACUUUUACCGGCAUUAAUUUUUCAGUGUAGUUUGUUUAUAAUCAUGUAAUCAAUUCAAUCAUGCCUUUUUAGAUUACCCUUUACGUAAUCAGGCUUCAACGUCAGUGUUUCUAUCAUUGUUCAGUGUAAACUUGUAAAUAAAACAGCUGCAGACCUUG